AUGACCAGUAAGACACAAGUUCUUAUUCUCGGUGCAACCGGAUACAUCGGGGGCUCAAUUCUUGCUGAGCUACUGCGAUUUCCGGAGGCGUCCAAAUUGAGCAUUUCCGCAUUGAUCCGUCGUCCAGAACAGGCGGCCAAGCUCGACUCUCUGGGGGUGAAGCCGAUCCUGUUUGAUGGCCUAGAUGACCUGGAGGCUUGCAUAAAUGCAGCUUCCCAACACGAUCUUGUGAUCAACGCAGCAUCUGCGUCCCAUGACCGUUCUGCCAAGGCGCUGAUCGAAGGUUUAGCACUUAGACAGAAGGCAACGGGCAAGGAAUCUUAUCUCAUUCAUACUUCGGGCACCUCAAUUCUGGGUGAUCAUCCCUACACCGGCACGCCGCAGGACCAGAAAAUCUGGUCUGAUGAGAAAGAUAACAUAUUUGAGAUGGAGAAGAACCACCCUGAGCGCUACGGGCAACGUGUCACCGAUGUUACAGUUGUUGAGACAGGCUUGCGCCUUGGUGUCAAGACGUACAUUGUCGUCCCUCCCACAAUCUACGGACAAGGCGAUGGUCCAUUUGCGACGUUGAGUCAACAGGUACCUAACCUUGCGCGCUUGGCCCGGAAGCGCGGAUUUGCAGCCGUGAUUGAAAAUGGCAAGGGCAUUUGGAAUCAUGUUCACAUUGCCGAUCUUUCUGCUUUCUAUGGUCUUCUCUUCCGUGCUGUGAUUGAGCAAAAGACAUGGCUUCCCUCCGGCCCAGAGGCUAUCUUCUUCGUUGAAAGUGGUGAGCAUACAUGGCUCCAGGUUAGUCAGGGUAUCGCCGAUACUAUGCAAAAGAGUGGUCUACUGGCGACGAACGAAGUGAAGUCAAUAAGCCUCAAAGAAGCAGCUGCGGAAAUUACAGGAGGGAAUGAGAGUCUUGCAGAGAUCACCCUGGCAUCAAAUUCGAGGGCUCGUGCUGACUUCGCUCGGAACCGACUUGGUUGGAGCACGCUCCGAGGAUUGGAUGAUUUUUUGAACCACUUCGAUGCCGAAAUAGCAGCCAUGCUUGGAGAGCUGAGGGGUUAG